CUUUCUUGGUUAUUGGCUGCAGCAACACCGAGGGUCAGUGGGGAGAGUAUCCAGAUUGAUAAUUUGUUCCCGUUUCUCGAGUCCAUGCCCUAAAAAAGAAGAGGACACAGGCAACAUCACAUCAGCAGCGGCACAGCGGGGGGGACAGCAUUUUAUCUUCUACUCCUGACGCCUGGGGCUGUGCCCGUUGUUGUUGUUGCGCAGGAGCCGGUCAUGGACGAGACCCCAAAGACAGACCCUCUGGGGGGGGGUGGCAGUAGCCUCUCGAGCCAGCCGGACGUGGAGCUACAAGUGCAGCCUCGGCCAAAGCCGUGCUCGUUGCCCAUCGUGUUGGGUUCGUCGUCAGGGUACCGCCGGAGGAUAAUGGAUUCCCUGGGAUGGGAGUUUUCCACGGCCUCUCCCGACGUCGACGAGAAGGCCAUCCGCGAUCCUGACCCGAGAAAGAUGUGUGCCGAAAUCGCGCGGGCCAAGGCGAGAGCGCUGGCGGAGCGCCUGGACAAGCCCGCGGUCCUCAUCACGGCAGACCAGGUGUGCCUUUUCGACGAAGGUCACGGCCGCGGGGAAGAGGUUAGGGAGAAGCCCGAAAGCGUCGAAGAGGCGAAGGCGUUCCUCCGGAGCUACUCCUGCCGGUCGGUGAAGACCCUGAGCGCCCUCUGCGUGACUAACCUCGACAACGGGCGGGCGGCGGAGGGCGUGCACGAGUCCACCGUGGCCUGGCGGGAGAUUUCGCCGGCCGUGGUCGACGACGUCAUCGCCAGGGGGAACGUUAUGGGGUCGGCGGGCGGCUUUGCGCUGGAAGAGCCAGGCUUGAGGUCGCUGGUGGACAAGAUCGAGGGCUCGGUCGAUAGUGUCCUGGGCUUGCCCGUUGAACUCCUGUGCACCCUCGUCGAGCGCGCCACGUGUGACGUGACCUAG